GGGCAGACGACACUGCGGCGUGGACCCCGGCCGCUUUCCCCUCCUCCUUUCUUCUCUCCCAAGUCCCGGACCCUCUAAACCCUGCAAGCACUGGACAGCCACAGAAAACCCAGACCUGCCGCCGCCGCCACCGCCGUCGCCAUGGUCGCCGCCGGAGCUCUCCACGCUGGCAGCCGUGUCCUCCUACCGAUCCGCCGAAGCUUCAGCACACCCUGGUCCCACGUCCGCUCCCACCUCCACUCCACCAAGCCCCCUUCUGCUCCACUCCCGCCCCCACCUCCGCCGCCGCCUUCUUCCCACGCGGCGUCCACGCGCUUCACCCCUACCACUAGGAGAAGCGGAUCAAUCGGGUCCGGGGUAGUCACGUGGUACCUCGGCUCGAUCGAGGCGCGGCCGCUGCUGACCAAGAGCAUCACGGCUGCCACAAUUUACACCGUUGCCGACCUCACCUCCCAGAUGAUCACACUUCCUGCUGAGGAGUCACUCGAUCUAGUUAGGACUCUGCGCAUGGCUAGUUAUGGGAUGCUGUUCUCAGGACCUUCACUGCACUAUUGGUUCAACUUUAUCUCAAAAGUAGUCCCCAAAAAGGAUGUAGUGAGCACCUUCAAGAAGAUGUUUCUAGGACAAGCAGUUUAUGGCCCAAUUAUUAAUUGUAUUUUCUUCUCGUAUAAUGCAGGAUUACAAGGUGAGACAAUCCCAGAGAUCAUUGCAAGAUUAAAGCGGGAUAUAAUUCCGACCAUCAAAAGUGGCCUCAUUUAUUGGCCUCUUUGUGACUUCAUCACUUUCAAGUUUAUCCCUGUUCAUUUGCAGCCGCUAGUAAGCAAUUCCUUUGCGUUUCUUUGGACCAUCUACCUAACAUACAUGGCCGGCUUAAAGAAACCAGGCGUGGAGGUGAUCAUGAGCUCUUAGUCAUAAUCAAAUGACUUUGUUUCUGCCAGUUAUUUCUGAAAGGAAGUCUUCAUGGGCAUUACUUGGAACUAUGACGGGGCCGUCAUUACCACCAACUAGCUCAUUGAAGCUUUGAAUAUUCAACGACCAAAACAGAGACAAACUGCUUGCUAGGCAUAUUUCGUUUUCAGUAGAGUAGUAUCCGACAGGCUUUUCUAGUUUGCGUACAGUUUUGGCUAGGCAUUUCUGUAUGGAUGGUAGAAUGACACUAGGCAUUCUCCCAUCUUUCUGAAGUUUGUCAUAUUGCAAAACAAGCAGUUUUUACCAAAUUGUCUGUGCCCAGUUAUGCAGAUGUUAGGUAAAAUUGUUCUUGUCCCUAAGAUAAAGUGGACAAGGCAAGGUUUACGCUUGAAGAUCUCUACAUACAAUGCAACAUUUGUUAGCGGAUACUUAUGUACAUCUCCCUCCCUUGUACGCAGAAAGAAGGUGAUUACACAGUUCGUUCACUUUUUCUUGA